AUGCUGAAUGAAUCUUUGGUGUUAGGCUCCUACGUGAGCCUGGACACUUUCGUCAUACCGCUCGGCGGCAAGUACCCCAUCUUUUUCCUGGGCCUCCUGCUGUAUUUGUUUUGCGUCUCCUGCAACCUGACCAUGCUGACUCUGAUCAUCCUGCGGAGCAACCUCCACAAGCCUAUGUACUUCAUCCUCUUCAGCCUCCCGCUCAACGACCUGAUGGGGAUCACCGCCAUGCUCCCGAAGGUGCUGUCCGACAUGGUCAGCCCGACCAACGAGAUCCCCUACGCCCUGUGCGUCUUCCAAGCCUUUCUGCUGCACCUGUAUGGCGGCGGGAUUCUCUUCAUCCUGGCGGCCAUGUCCUUCGACCGCUACAUCGCCAUCUGCAUGCCGCUACGCUACAGCUCCGUCAUGACCCCCAGGGUGGUGGUGUGCGUCGUGGCCCUGGUGUGGGGCCUGGACUUCACCCUCAUCGCCUUGCUGUUCUCCCUGCAGACCAGACUCCCGCGCUGCAAGUCCGUCAUCAUGAACGUGUUCUGCGACAACCCCUCCCUUCUGAAGCUCAUGUGCGGCGACACCACGGUGAACAACGUCAUCGGCUUGUUCACCACCACGCUCAUGCAGGCCAUAAGCGUGUCGGUGCAGGCGUUUUCCUACGUGAAGAUUCUGAUCACCUGCGUGGUCACCAGUAGGUCGGAGGCCAAAAAGAAGGCCGUCAACACCUGCGUGGCGCAGCUGCUGAUCAUAAUCGUGUUCGAGAUUGUGAGCACGUUUACCAUUUUGUCCCACAGGUUCAAGAACGUGUCGCGUGACCUGCAAAAGAUUAUGGGGGUGUUGAUAUUUCUCAUAUCUCCGCUUUUGAACCCCCUGGUGUACGGGCUCUAUACCAGUGAAAUACGGAACACGCUGCUGAGGGUCCUGAAGAACAGAGUCCCGGUCUAA